CUUUUUCUUAACAGCGCAGUAGCACCAAAACCCCCUUUUCUUUCUUUGAAUAGCACAUUAAAACAAAGAAAAAAGGAUGUCGUUUCGCUACGAAGUGCUGCGCGACGAGAGCGACAUGCCUGCAACACCGCACGAGGAAAUCCAGCUGACCCCGGUCUCCUCUUCCUCCACGGCUGCGGCGGCGGCGGCGGUUGUUGAGGAGGAGCCGCUGCCGGUCUACCAGCCAAACCCGACCUUCUCCGACGCAGGCACGCCGCACAUGCCGCUCCCAACCUACGAACAGGUCCAGUCCGACAAGGCCCGCGAAUUCGCUGCGUCGUCUGCGGCUGCCGUGGCCGCAACUAAUGCUGAAUUGAUGCACGAAGCUGAAGCACUGGUCGGCACCGACUCUACUUUCCUGAUGUCCUUCUUUGUCUGCUUGAUUUUCGACAUCCUCGGCGUCAUUUUCUGCAUGUGCUUUGGCUCUUCCGCGGCCACCAAGUUUGGCGUCGUUGCUGGCUUGGGCAGCGCAUUGCUGGCUCGUUGCGCCUUUGUCAUGUACCAGGCGUUUUCGCCCGCAGUCGUGCCCGAGGAUGACAAGUACCACCAGUCAUAUGUCAAAAACACCUUCCCAAUCAUUGCCUUGUUGGGCUUCCUGCUCAUGAUCUACGGCUUUGGCUCGUAUCGCCGAGCAAAGCUCGCUCUCCGGAGACGCAUUGAGCAGCUGUCCUCCGCCGUCGUGAAUGCCUGAUGAUGGAUGCGUAUCUGAGAUGCGUUGUAUGUAUUUUAUGCUUUUUUCAGUUUGCCCUGUUCUCAGUUUUUGUUGUUGUUGUUGUUGUGCAAAACUUGUCUUGGUGUUUUCAACGAUAAAUACCAUUUCGGUUGAUUCCUGU